UACACCAUAAUUAAGUAAAAAAUUAGCAGAUUCUCACAAAUUUCAGUACUGAAAAAGACUUUCAGACACAGUUGGUAAAAGUGAGCUUUCAUUUCUGUUCACUUACAUGUAUAUGGGUAAACCUUUUUCAUCAAAGGUAGCAGCACAGACAAAAUAAAAAUAUUUAUUUUUUUGUUAUGUCUAAUUCUCACUCCCCUGUGGGUGAGCAAUGAGUAUUCAUACACUUUUUCUCAGUGCUGCAGUGGACUUUGACAGAGACAGCAGGGAAAAUGAGCUCCAAAAGAUUAACAGUCAAAGAAGUAAUUUCAGAGAUUUUGUGUACUGACACAGAAGAAGAUGUUUCAGAGUUAGAGGAUUCUUCAGAAGUGGAAGACAAUGUUGUUGAAGAUCCAGAUGAUGAUGAAUUGUCUUUAAAUUCUUCAGAGGAUGAGGAAGAGGCUGCAAUAUACACCUCUUCAUCAGAGAGAAAUUCUGAAGCAGAGCAACCAGGUGUGGAGACGUGGAUGUCAAAAGAUGGUAAGAUUGCAUGGACAUCUACACCACAACAAAGCCAAGGAAGACUGCCAGCAUCCAUGGUUAUGAAGAGCAUUCCAGGUCCAACACGAUUUGCUACCUCAAGAGUCCACAACAUAUACUCAGCUUUUGAAUUGUUUUUGCAUCCAAUUGAGAAGAUUGUCCUGGACAUGACUAAUCUGGAGGGAAGCCGUGUGUUUGGUGAGAAAUGGAAACCACUUGAUCUUGCUGAUUUGAAUGCUUACAUAGGAUUGCUAAUCUUAUCUGGUGUGUACAAAUCAAAUGGAGAGGCAACAGAAAGUUUAUGGAAUGCAGAGUGUGGAAGGCCAAUAUUUCGGGCAACAAUGUCUCUGGAAAGAUUCCAUGUAAUUUCUCGGGUCAUUCGUUUUGACAAUCGUGAAACCAGAGCUAGUCGGCGUGAGAGAGACAAAUUGGCUGCAAUUAGGGAUGUGUGGGAUAAAUGGAUUGAUAUUCUACCUCGUCUAUACAAUCCUGGACAACAUGUUACAGUGGAUGAACGCCUUGUUCCAUUCAGAGGACGCUGCCCUUUUCGCCAGUACAUGCCAAAAAAGCCAGCAAAAUAUGGCAUUAAAAUUUGGGCAGCUUGUGAUGCCAAUUCCAGCUAUGCAUGGAACAUGCAAAUUUACACAGGCAAGCCAUCAGAUGGAGCACCUGAGAGAAACCAGGGAAUGCGGGUUGUUCUCGAAAUGAGUGAAGGGCUGCAAGGUCACUGUAUAACCUGUGACAACUUCUUUACAUCCUACAAACUUGGUGAAGAGCUACUCAAGCGAAAGCUGACCAUGAUUGGGACAGUAAAAAAAAACAAGCCUGAGCUUCCCAGAGAGAUUCUGGAUGUGAAGGAAAGAAUGCUGCAUUCGUCAAAGUUUGCUUUUUCUGAAACUACAACAGUUGUUUCCUACUGUCCAAAAAAAAAAAAAAAUGUGCUUGUGAUGAGUACAAUGCACAGAGAUGCAUCACUGAGUGCAAGAAAUGACCUGAAGCCAGAAAUGGUACUGGACUACAAUUCCACAAAAGGAGGAGUUGACAAUUUGGACAAAGUAACAUCAGCAUACAGCUGCCAGCGCAAGACUGCCCGUUGGCCUUUGGUGGUCUUCUAUAACAUCUUGGAUGUGUCAGCAUAUAAUGCCUUUAUCCUGUGGCGUGAGAUCAACCCAAACUGGAAUGAGGGCAAGUUGUACAAACGUCGGCUUUUCUUGGAUGAGCUUGGAAAAGCACUUAUCAAACCUAACAUCCAGCGACGCUCCUGCCCACCUCGAGCACCAGCGGCUGCAGCUUUGGCAGCAUCAGUUACAGCAGAUGAAUCCGGACCCUCGGAAGAAGUGAAUACAGGUGAUGAGAAAAAGCGAAAACGCUGUGAGGUGUGCCCCACUAAACAUGACAUCAAAACCAGCACCAUGUGUGCCAAAUGCAGGAAGUUCAUCUGCAAAAAGCACACGUUUGCUGUGUGCACACAAUGUCAACAGUAA